UGCACUGGGUGUGGAAGCUGUGUGCAAUUACUUUCUCUUUUGGACUACAAGUGUCUACCUGCUCCUUCUCCCUGCCUUCUUCCUGAGCCUUGGGCUGCUGAGUGACACAGGGAGAGUGUGUGUCUGCAGGAGCUGCCCUACACUUCAUGUGGAUAGGUGGAUGCAGGGACACUGGGUGCCUUGUAGAGAAGGUCACAGGAAAGGAAAAACUGUGAAAUCCAAGAGGAAGGAGCAUGCAUGCCAAGCAGCACUGAAGCUACAGGAACAACUGUGCAUUAGUGACAAACCUACAUAGGUUUGUUUUUAAGUCAUCGUUUCCUUAGGAGAACUGCUGGUUACGUUUCAAUUCAUCCGCCCUACAUCCAAAAACAAAUAUAAAAUUUGGAAACUGCUUUAUGAAAUUGUUAUCCUUUUCAGUAGAAAAAAAAUGAAGUAACCCAGAAAAAAAUAAAAAUAAAUAUAUAUAUAUAUAUAUAUAUAUAUGAACCAAAAAUGUAUCAGUGAGGUGUCUGAAGAAAUAUUAUUAUUCCUGCUUAUAUAGGUGACCUAUUUAACCUUUUGCAAUUAAGUUUGCAGACCAUGUGAAAGAAUUCCUUUAGGACUCUCCUUUGAAAAAUCUUCUAAUCAAAGAAAGGCAUUUGUUAGGAAGAAGCCAUGAUGAUAAAGUCCAGUACAGUCUCACAAAGUACAUUAGGUGGGUCCAUAGUUGCUCAUGGUCUUCCCUGUGGAUUCAUGGAUCAGAAUGCAGUUGGGUAUGAAUCUUGGACUACUACCUCGGAUGAGGCCACAGAGGUGGAAAAUAAUACCGAUGAGGAACCAAAAGAGAAGAACCAGCUCACAGAGGUUACAAAAGCUGUUUGGGCAGUAGUUGAAGAAGAACCAGAUGAGCCUUUAAAUGGGUUCAUGAAUGAAGAAAAUAUUGAAAAUGAAGUAGAAACCAAACCAGUUGAGGUGCCAGUUAAAGUGGAUCCUGUCCCUAUCAAGACAGAAGAAAAUGACCUUCAAUGGAAAAUUGUGCCAAACACCAAGGUGGUGUCCUCCAUACAACAGCCAAGGAAGAAGUAUAUUCCAAGAAGCUUCAGUCUUACCGAGAAAGAAUUGAGGGAAGCACAAUUGCUUAGUGAUAACAAUGCUUCCCAGCUAAGCCCUUCGGGAAGUUGUUCGAGAGGAGCUCAGCUGUUUCACCGACGUCGUCAAAAGCUAAAAGCUCUUGAGGAAAAGAAACUUGCACAACGAUCUGGAGCACAAAGCCCAAGCCAGGCCCAACAUGGUGUAAAACUUUCAGAUCUUGCCUCUAGGAAACCCUCACAUUUCCUAAGCAUGGAAGAGACAGCAACCAACCAUGGAAGCACAGGUGAAACUGACGAUGUCUGGGAAGAUGAGAACAAAGAUACUGAUUUCCCUUCUGUAGAUAAAAGAGCACCUUCACCAAGUGCUUCAGAGGAAGAUCAUCAAGGACCUCUUAGUGCAUAUCUUAAGGAAUCUUUAAUUGUGUCAACCUCUAACAGUAAUGGUUUAGUUAUUCAAACUAACCAAGAAACAGAACCGCCUGUUAAGAAAGGGCAAAAUGGCUCACCAAACACACAAUACUGUGAAGUACAUCUUACUUUAUCAAAACCAAAAUCUAUAAGCAACAGAACAGCUAAACCUUUUGGAGGUCACUCAUCUGCCAAGAUAAGCAUGUGUUCUUCAGAAAAAAGUCCUUCUAUUGACGUCCCUCCACCACCUACUUAUGCAGAAACUUUAUCAAGUCCUCCUCCAGUCACACGUAUUCGAUCUCCUCCUGCUUACUCAGCUUUAUAUCCCAUAGAACCAGCACAUGUUACCCCUGUGCAACAAGUGAUCAACCACAGAGAAACAAAACAUACACCAGAGCAAAAGACUGGUAUUCUAGAAGCAAUAUCAGCACGUAAGGGAUCUAAGAAAUCAAUGUUCACAUUUAUUGAGAAGCCAAAGAUGGCACCUAAUCCAGAACUUCUAUCAAUGGUGCAAAAUGCAGAUGAAAGACGAAAACAUAAGGUGCAUGGAGAUGUAUCAACUGAAGACGAGCCAUUUGCUCUUGGAGCAGAAGCAUCAAAUUUUCAGAAUAAAUCACCUAAUGCAGCAAACAAUUCUGAUCAAGCUAAUACAAUGCCCGAUUGGUCAUCCAGUCUAAAGUCCCCUGGAAUAAGUCAAAAGCCCCCACCUAUGCCCAUUCAAGUCCUUUCAGAUGAUAAAGGGAAAGGUGCAGAACUGUUUGCAAGGAGACAGUCCAGAAUGGAACGUUUUGUGGUAGAGAGCCCAAAACCAUUAGACUCCAUCCGAUCUCCUUCUCCUACAAUGUCUCUGCCACCAUCUUGGAAGUUUUCCUCCAAAACACCACCUCCUCUAUUUAGUCAACAACUCAAUAACAACCAAAGAUCACCUAAGCUUCCUGCCUCUACACCUGUAAAUAAUACUGCCUCAGAGAAUGUGCAAUCGCAAAAGGAACUUGAAAUAUCUAAACGCCAGCCAUACCAACUUCAGUCUUCUUUGUUCAUCCUCUCACCAGCUAAAGAUCCUUUGAGCACACUUCCCAAAGCUGCACCUCCACCCAAACCCAUGGUGCUUGAAUCACAUCGGUUUACCAGGCAAACAUCAUGCCCAACCUCCCCUAUAGUUCCUUCUCCUACUAUGUAUUCUCCAUCUUAUUUCCAGUCUAUCCGAUCACCUUCUUCUAUCAAUAUGUCACCAUCUCCAGUGUCUGAUACUCCUCCCAGCUUUGGAAGAAGGACACCAACCAGCCAUGUCUCUCCAUUAUCUCCGGUUCCAUUUUCGAAUACAAUGGGUUCAUCACCUCGAAACAAGACUGUAGUACAAGCUCCUCGUCCAACAUUUUCUGCCAAAAAUGCAGGCUUGGAUUCACAGAAACCAAGAGAAUUUAUGGCUAAAUCCUCAUACAACAGAACACUUCAACAUGGAGGGUCGCUAGAUGGGUGGCCUAGCUCCCCAACAUCCUUACAGGGUUAUGAUGAAAGUUUGGUGAUUCGAAGUCCUCCACCAAUACGUUCAAUGUCUCCAGCUUGGAGUGAUCGGUCACAGUCGCCAUCACCUCUAAGAAUGGAGACUGACCUCAAGGCCGGCAAGCAAAUGAAAGCUUUACUUGCUCGUAAUAUCAUCAAUGCAGCAAAGCGUAAGGGCAGUUCACCAUGGGGUGUUACAGGUCUUCAGUCUCCUGUUCAUAUUGGUACACCUUGGAGCCCCACUGUAGGCAAUGGAUCUUCUCUACCAGAAACACCAAGAGCCAGAAGAUCUCCCACAGGGUCUGAUAUAUCUAUAGAGUCAGAAGAUUCUGGGGCCAAAUCUCCAGGAUUCCGGAGCUAUCCAUUCUCACCUAGAGGAUGGUAUGGGAGCUUGCGGCAGAAGAGAGAUAGCCUGCCUUCCAGCUCUCCUUUUCCAUAUACCCCAUAAACAAUUCUGUCCAUGAAGUAGUCUGGAAUAGACCAGCUCAGCCUACAGAGCACAGAAUGUCUAACUUGCCCACACUGCCACAUACAAAUAAAAAAUGAACAAGUAAACAUUCAGAUCAGACCUUACAGAGAGUAAAGCUCAGCAAAAAACACUAAACCAAAUAUCAUUGCCAAUGUACAAUGAUUGUCCUUGUAAAGAAUGUGGAGAUUGUGGACCAUUCAAAAGAUUUUUUGAAAACUGAAUUUUUUUUUCAUGAUUUUUCUUUAAAUUAGCUUUGAGCUUAUUUCUCUUGAAGAUCGUUCUUUUUUUUAAUGAUCCGGCGGUUGUGUUUAUGAGCAGUUAUAUAUACAAGAAAGUAAAUUGGUGAAUGAUCGUUUGAGGUAUAAGCAUCAGGCUUGGAAGAUAAGUAAUAUUUUUUUUUUUGUUGAUAGAUACUUCUUAAGAUUACCCAAAAUUAACCUUAUAAUGCCUCUAUUCGCCAAAGAUUGCCUGGGAUGCCUAUCAGAUCUUUUGGAGCCACUUUGUCUAGUCUCCAAAGAAUGAAAUGAUCCCUAUGGAGAGGUGUGAUUUGCGGUUUACGGUUUAUUUGAGGUGGGGAACUGACUUGAGAAUCAGGACUUGACAGUUGCCUUUGCACUGAUAAAAACCUCUCAGUAUUCUAUGCAUAGGCUCUCACUGCACAUUUAUCAAUGCACUACAAUGGCUGAUAACUUUCCACUGCCAGAAGAGUAUACUAGGCUUCAGUAAAUAGAAAAGGAAACAGACUACAUAAAUCUCAGCGCGUAUGUAAAGUAAGAAGACAUGCUAAGGCAGAAAAUAGUUGGAUUUAUGAAUGUGAUGGUACUGAAUUCAAGGAUGUGUAAUUAUACAUGGCUAGCUAUAGGGCCUAAUGUAAUCUACAUGGCUAUGCUAUGUAUGACCAGGAGUUCCCACAGCUGCUCAUAAUCUUAUCAUUGUAUCACAAUGGCUGUGGUACCGUAUGGCUGGCACAAUACCUGGAUGGUCUAUUUCUGGCGAGAUUGGUGCUUGCAGACAGAUAUACCUGUGUAGCCAUAAAGAACAGUGACAUAAAAAUGUGGUGGUAACAAGCCAUAUAGACCAUAUUGACCAGUGGUGGAUGACACCUAUUAAAAGUAAAGUGCUGAAUGUAUUCCUGUGGGAAUUCUUCAGAAUCAACUCAUGCUAUGGUUACAACAAUAUGGCAAAUACUAAUACAUGGUAACAAGAUAUAAUAAAUGGUAACUGGCUUGCCUGAAGAAAGUGGAAUUUGGGAAUAGCUAAAGCUAAGUGGAUUGCUUAAAUGACCACAAAUGUAGAAUGAAAUGAAAGUUUCAAUUGUAAGUGCAAAAG